UCUCCGCGGAACGUGUAACGUGUGUGUGUGCGCGCGCGAUCCUGACGUUUUUCGCCUCGAUCAGCGGUUGCGUAUUCGGUACGUGAUGCCGGCGGCGCAUCUGACGCUGCGCGAGGAGGAUGUGGUGCGCCUGACCUUGGAGUUCCUCCAUAGCCGCGACCUUCACAUCUCGCAGCUCUCGCUCGAACGUGAGACCGGUGUAAUAAACGGCCAGUACAGCGACGAUGUGCUUUUCCUGCGCCAGCUGAUCCUCGACGGACAAUGGGACGACGUGCUCGAGUUUAUCCAGCCGCUGGAAGCGCUGUCGGACUUCGACAUGAGAAAGUUCACGUAUUCGAUCUUACGCCAUAAGUAUGUCGAGCUAUUGUGCAUCAAAUCCGAAGCGAAUGUUAUCGCCGCUGGGACGAACGGCAGUGUCGAUAAUGCCGUAGAAGAAGUCGUCAAGGUAUUGAGCGACCUCGAAAAGGUCGCACCUUCCAAGGAGGAGUAUAGCAGCCUGUGUCUGUUGCUUACUCUGCCGCGGCUAACAGAUCAUCUGCAGUACAAAGAUUGGAAUCCCAGUAAUGCGAGAGUACAAUGUUUCCGCGAGGUUCAUCCUUUGGUAGAGAAGUUCCUACCGGGUGAUAGGAAGAGCGCCGACCCCGCAUAUCCGAUUACUUCGGCGAAAAACGAUCGGCUUAUUCAGCUUAUUAUCAAGGGCAUUUUAUACGAAUCCUGCGUAAAUUACUGUCAAGCGAAAGCUACUGGAUCGAAAGAAAGCGAACAGGUAGAAAUGAGUUUUUCAAGGCUACUGGAUGGAUCCGUGGGUUUUAGCGAUUCGGACUUAAGUUUACUUUCAUGGCUUCAAAGUAUACCUCCUGAGACGUUCGCCGUACCCUUUGCACAAAGAACCCUGAAUGUCGAUGUGGAACGCUUGGAAAGGCCCUCCUUGGAGACUUCGUGGACGGAGCAUAUGUUAAUAACGCCGAUCAAGCCGAAGACUUUUCCGCACAGCGCCAUGCCAUUUACUAGGCCAAGAUCUGCCGCAGAUAUGAUGUCUCGUAGUUUAGUGCCGGCUUUGGAAGCUGGUCUCGGACCCAGAAGUCCUAAGAACACUUCUAUACCAUCAGCGGCGCUUAUGGCGCUAUCCGUCGGCGACGUAAACCCGAUGUCUAGGUCGUCGUUCGCUAGCUUCCAUUUAACCGGAUUUAAAAAUAACAAAUUAAUGAAUACUAGCGUCGAUAGGCUCUUCGAGAAUGAGGGUGACGUCUUCCUUAGUUCGAAUUACGCCGAGUUCCAACAAUUACCCUCGAUACAAGAGACUGCGAUGAAUGCUCAACCUAAGGCUCCGCCAAGGACUCGAGGACACUCCAAAAGCCCUGAUGGCGUAGAAGUGGAUCCUUCAGCGACAUCCACGCCGGAACGUAGAGUAGCUGGAAGGGAAUCACCGGCGCCUUCGACUGCUAGGAGUUCCAGAAGGGACUCCUUGGCGGAAAAGCCUACGGGAGUCGCAGCUAAAAUUACAGACCCAUCCGUGGUACCGAUUAGAGCAAUGAUGGCUCCUAGCGACAACCUCGAACAAAAUUACAAUGGUGGCCUAUUUAAAGAAUACCAGAAACAGAAACAAAGGUUGCAGGAGACUAUCCAACAAAGGGAUGAAUUAGUCAGACAGUUAGCUGCACCAUUACCUAUGCAAGUAGCGGAUAAUAGACUUCAGGGAGAAGGGAUAAAGCAACCUUUGGGAAGUAAAGGACCUUCGCCCGUUCACACGAGUGCACCUGUUCGAUCUGGAAUCCAGUCACCCAAGCCUACGAUCAAUGGAUCGGAUCCAGUCGCGAGGCAAAACUCGGUAUCAAGCGGUAUUUAUGAUUCAAGAGUGCCGGAAGGACAUUACGAUGUCAUCAAACCGAAGCAAGAACCGAGACCGGAACUCGAUACUAGUAAUGGAAGCAGCAACGGCGGCGGGAGACCGCGUUUCGUUCCCGUCACCGCUCUGGAGGACGUGCAGGCGAUACGCUGCGCCGAAUUUCACCCCCAUGGGAAGCUGUACGCUGUGGGAUCGAACUCGAAGACGUUACGAAUAUGUGCUUAUCCGAAACUACACGAUGUCAGGGAGGAUCAUCAAACGUAUCAACCUACCGUUCUCUUCAAGAGAACGAAGCAUCACAAAGGCUCUAUAUACUGUCUCGCGUGGACACCGGAUGGUCGGCUGAUCGCGACCGGAAGCAAUGACAAAACUGUGAAAUUAAUGCGCUUUAACGCCGAUACGUCGAAUCUUGAAGGGCAAGAGGUCGAAUUGACGAUGCACGAUGGUACAGUGCGCGACCUGUGCUUCCUCGAGGACACAUCAAAUAAAUCGAGCCUUUUGAUCAGCGGUGGUGCUGGCGACUGCAAGAUUUAUGUUACCGAUUGCACGACCGGUACACCUUUCCAAGCCUUGAGUGGUCAUAGCGGCCACGUGCUGACGCUUUACAACUGGGGCGGAGCGAUGUUCGUCAGCGGAUCGCAGGAUAAAACAGUCAGAUUCUGGGAUCUGAGGACGAGGAGCUGUGUCAAUAUGGUUACACCUGCGACGGUACCUGGCAGCCGGCAUCUGAUUCCAUUACAGGUCGGUAGUCCCGUAGCUGCACUGUGCGUAGAUCCGUCUGGCCGACUGUUGGUGUCCGGUCACGAAGACAGUAGCUGUGUUCUUUUCGACAUUCGCGGUGGUAGAACGGUACAGUGCUUCAAACCUCACGCGGCAGAUAUCAGGAGCAUACGAUUCUCACCGUCGGCGUAUUAUUUAUUGACGGCUGGAUAUGACAACAAAUUGGUACUCACAGAUUUGCAAGGCGAUCUUACAAUGCCUCUGCCUAGCGUCGUAGUCGCUCAACAUCAGGACAAAGUCAUCUCCGGACGUUGGCAUCCUACGGAAUUCUCGUUUCUCAGUACUUCCGCUGACAAAACUGCAACGUUGUGGGCCUUACCGCCUGUUUAAAGGCUUGACAUGAUAAUGCACCAUUAUUUAUUUAUCUAUUCUUUCAA